AUGAGUAAAUUGAAGGGAAGCCGCCUCGAGGCGGAAGUCGAUCGGGUUAGAGCUGAUGGUAAGACAGAUUUUAGGCCCAAAAGCCUUUUUUUUUAAACUUCAGCCAACUGGAAGCGUCUAUCGGAGCUGCUUCCAUCUGUAAAAUCGAAAAAUUCGGGACUCGAGGAUUGUUACGAAAUGUUUCAGGCGGAAAUCGUACUGGAAACGUAUCUAGACCAAUUGGGAGGUGAAAUUCAUCAGAAAUGCCCUAAAAUCAACCGAUUUUCGCUCAGAAAUCGUCCGUCCGAAUAAGGAACACGUGGAGAAGCUGGGCUCGGCCCAACAGUUGCUCGACACGGCGCUCCGCGAGAAGGGCGCCGUUCAGACCGUCAAAAUUGAGGCCAAUAUAUUGUUAGCGAAAGUUUUGUACGCUUGUCUCGAAUUUCGAAAGGUUUUUCCUUUUUUCUGAGAAAAAUGCAAUUUUUCUUAAAAAUCUUCGAUUUAGGCGUUGAAUUGCAUCGCCAACUCGGAAAUGGAGAACGGAAAGACGCCGUUCCGAACGUUGAGGACCCUGAGAUUGGUGGCCGAGGGAUAUGCGGUCAAAGGUCCGAUUUUUUUCAAUCUGGAAAACUGAAACAAUCCUUUUUUGAAUUUUUUGAGCAAAUCCGGUCAAUUUUGCUCCACAUUAGACGAAUUUAAUCAAUUUUAGCCUAAAAUUGAACAAGAAACGCUAAAAUUUGCAAUUUCUAGGCGAAACUACGACUUGAACUGCUAAAUAGUCGAAACAGCACAGAUUUGUGUAUUCUUCACUGUUUUGAAUCUGUGUUUCGAUCGAAAUUAGCUCGAAUAUUCACGUUUUCCUCCGAGAUUUCUCGCAGAAACGCUCGUAAUUCGCAGGACUGUGCAUCGAAUCGAUGGAAGACGGUGCCCGACCGCACGCAAACAGUGCCACCUCGACGACCUCCACCUCUUCGUCUUCGAAAGAUCAACGCGCGUUGUACGUGUUCGAAAAGUCCGCCGAACUCGCCAUUUUCUACAUAAACGAGCUGGAGAAGUCGAUGAAUUCGAGUACGGCAAAGGCGGCGGCGACUGGGAGUCUGGUGCCGCCCACGCAGAACAGCACGUCCACGGCAGGCGUGAAGCAGCAGGAGAAAAUAGGUGAGGAAUUGUAAAGAAAGGUCUAGGGUCAAAAUGGGUAAAAAUUGUAGGCGAACUGUUGGAGCGCAUAAUGGAACGAGUGGCGAUAAUCCGCGCGAAAGACACGGCGGCGAAGAAGCAGUCGUCAGGAACCGAGGGAAUCGAGUGGUACCGCAAGAUCAUCACGUGUCUGGGCGACAAGUACACGGGCGAACGCCUUAAACAGAAACUGUCCCGGCAGUUCGCAGAACUGCUGAUCCGGGCGACGGUUCCGAUCGAGGAGAAGUCGAUGAGCGAGGCGAUGCUGACGAAGGCGAUGAACAUGAAACUCUACCACGGCUCGAACAAGUCCUUCUUCACGCCAAAGUCCAAAAUCGAGGAGAUCAUCCUUCUUUUGCUCAUCAACGAAGUGCUCUCCACCCGGGAGGUGGUCCUUUCGCGGUCGGAGGACCUGACCAGCUCGCGCUCAAUGUCUCUGCAGAACGCAAAGUCAUCGUAUAAUUUGCUGACUUUGGUAGGUAAAAGAACAAAGGGGAAACAGGGCUACACAAUGAUUAUGGUGUAAAAUUGAAACUCUGAUUGAAUAUUGGUUAAAAGUUGGCUCAAAGCUUCCUUGGUUUCCAUCGAAACCAAUAUAAUUGAUUCGCACACUUUUCUUUAUUUUUUCGUUCUCACGCACUUUAGACUAUUUUCAGCAAUAGUACAAAAGAGAUUAGUUGAAGUGGAACAUGGAAAUGCGAUUAUGCGAAUGAUUUUGGGGGGAAAAAGUGACCAUUGUCAGACAUGUUUUUAAAUAAGCUCCGAUUAUAGUCAUCUUCUUCAUCUUCUUCUCGGUUUCUCGUUUGCACAUACACAUAAUUGCCCUUUUUCUUCUUCUAUUCGGCCGCUCCUCAAUUAUUCAUAUUUACGGGCGGCGAACCUAAAAUUGUGGCUUUUUUUUUGAGAUCUCAUUGAUAGGAAUGAGAAACGAGGAGGAGAUGCUAGACGAGGUUGUGGUGAGUCCUGGAAUCAUGCUGAGAAUUCUCUUUUAUUUUGAAACAUUGGAGAAUAAGGCGAAUAGUAGAUUAGCCAGAAUCACGGUGAUUUUUUCUGGGGACGCAGUGGAGAGAGGAAGAAAAAUCGGCCCUCGUCCCAUGAACUGUCGGCUGCUUAUUUCGCCGGACGACGGCACGCUCCCCAAGUCUUAACUUCUGAUGCGUGCUGUUCAAAGAAGAAAUUUUUUGAAAUUUUUGGAAAUUUUUGGAAUUUUUGGGAAUUUUGGGAUUUUGGGAAUUUUUGGGAAUUUUUGGGAAAUUUUUGGGAAUGAGUUUAUUAUGAUUGAAACUCGCAAGCAGCAACGAAAAAUUGCAGAAAUGCCUAGGGGUCACUGCGAAAAACGGAAAAGAAAUUAUCUAAAUUUUUGUAAAACUUGAGAGAACUUGAUUCUAGGCAAUUUUGCAAAGUUUUCUUCGAGUCGGAAAGUAGCUACACUUCUCGGCGUCGUAUCUUACACAAACGCCGAAAAAGACACGGGUUUUGCUAUAAUUUCAGUCGACAUUUACAAUUGCUCGGAAGAAUGCCGCAUUUUCAGUCAUGACAACUUUGCUGCGGUCCCUACAUGACAGAGCCAUAACUGAGAGACGUCGUGCAGAAAUCUCUAUCAUUUUUCAAUCCAAAACUUUGGAAAGUGAUGAAUAUAGCUGUCGCUUCCUCUUCCUUUCAAUUUUCGUUUCCCUAUCACGUGUGAGCGAUCUGUGCUUUUAGCUCUAAUUGAAGAAACAAGAAAAACGAGCAAAAAAAAAGGCAGAGGCUUCGAAACUUUUCUCGCUUCUUUUGUUUGUUUUCGCCUUUCUUCUGUCUGACACUGACAAAAGGCUACCGGCAGAACACAAAAACGUGUUUUACCCCAAUUUUUGCACGCACAAAGUGCCUCUAGGCCUCCAAAGUCGGAACAUUUUGCAAAAACAACAAUAAUUGUCUGGGGGGGGGGGGAUCAAAAUGUUUUUAUUCUUCAUUCUGCAAAACGUUCAAUAUUUGCAGGUGCUGUCGACGAUCAGUCAGUACCAACUGCUGGCGCAGAUCUACGAGCGCGCCAUGAAAUUCGCCAACAACGACUCAUUUCUAUGGUAAGCUCGACGAUAGCUUGUCUCUUCCUUCCUUUUGCUUUUUUUGUAGUACAUGCUUUCAAAAGUUUGCUAAUUUGCAGGCAACAAUUCGCGCUGUCGGCCAUCUGCUGCGGUCGUUUCUCGCGAGCCGUCCGAGUCUUCGAACAGUCCAUCCUCGCCUCCACAAUCGCCUCCGAUUCGGUCUCUUCUUCUUCCUCUUCUGCUCCCGCCGUAUCCGCAAUCACUGCCACGUCAUCUUCUUCGUCGUGCUCCUCGACCGCCUCCACUCCGGACCAUCAGAAAAAGACGGCAAAUCAUCAGCGGACACUGUCCCCGGAAUCCUCCUCGUUUCCCUCCCUUCAGCUCACCAACAAUCCGUCGUCUGCUCUUUCGGUUAUUAGCGAAUACAUGAUGAUCUCGCAAGUGCUCAUUGAGCGAUUUGGGAAUUAUGCGCCAGGUAAUCGUGCCGUUCGAAUCCCAACUUUGCACGAUUGCGGCGAUACGAAGUUUGACAGUUUUCUGACUUGAGAACCUUUGAGGAAAUGGACAAUGAGCACAUUUUUGAUAAGAUUGGAUUUGAGCAGAUUUUCUUAUUUAAAAUCAAAGUUUUCCGUUCAAUUGUUGCGCCUAGAGUUUCUCAAUUUGAUCAUAAGGACGAAGCGGGGGAAAAGCGAUUUGCGCAGACGCAGACGCAGACGCGAAACUGUCUCGCGUCUGCGUCUCUCUCUCUCUCUUGUGGCACACGCAAAUCGCUGCUCUCUUGCCCCCGGUAUUUUUUCCGGUUGAACUAUUAUAGGCGCACCGGACAGAAAGGGCGCGCUGUUCGCAAUCUGGCCGAAUUUCUAGGCCGCGAAGUAAUUUUCCACUGAAAACGUGGCCUAACUUUUCAAACUCGGCCCCGAGGUCGCUCAAUUUGCACUGCAAAAAGAGUUUCUCAACAGAGCGCCAUUUCUGUUCGGUGCCCCUAUAAUAAAAACUCGCCCACCCGUGUUGAAUCUCCAAAAACGUCCUCAAAUUCAAUGUCCCAUUCCAGCUGUCGAAUACGCGGCGAAAGCGGUCGAAUUGUGCACAAAAGACGGAAAUUUGUCAUUUCUCAAAGCACGAUGCCAACUCAUUCAUGCAAUUGCCUACGGGUAAGCGAUUUUCUAUAAUGAAUUUGAUAGAUUUUAAGGAAAGCUCCGAAUUCUCCUGAAUGUGGCUACGAAAAUCACUUCCGAAUGAACACGUUUUUGACCGUUUCCCCGAAAUUCGGGAAGUUUUUGUAGGGCUACGUAUGAGAGUUUAGUGGAAGAGUCCAGUGGAAGCCCAAAUUUCUAGUGUUUCUAACGUGUUCUCUCUGCAGGUUUCGAGCCUCGGAAGAGCCGUGCUGGGAGACGAAAAAGUCGCAACUGGCGAAGACGGUGCAGCUGAUGGAAGAGUGUGUCUCAGCGGAUCCGCACGACUACCUGUCCCUCUACUACGCCGCCUACUUCCACGCGAUCGCGCGCGACCUCGAAUCGGCGAAGGACCGGUGCUCGCGGAGCCUUGCACUGAACGGGGACCAACCGGCGGCCGUGAUGCUGCUCGCACUCGUAUUCACCGCCUACGGAGACCUGAAAGGAGCCAUGGAGCUGGUGAUAAACGCACUCGGCGAAUUCGAGCACAACUACGGACUGAUGGUGCUCCGGCUGCACAUUGAGACAAAGUUCGGACGGAUCGAGGAGUCGCUCGACACGUGCACGCAUCUUCUCGACUUUUGGAAGAGGAAUCAGGCGGCGGCGAUGGGACAGCAGCAGUUGAUGUACUCUGUGGGCGUCGAGGAGGACCGCUCGCAGAAGACGUUGAACGGAAUCGACGGAUCCGUUCUGUUGGGCGGCGUCAGGGAUGGCAGCCAGAAAACGGGUAAGAGGAGUGAAAAUUGAUCGUUUUUUUAAGCGAAAAAUCGUUUUAUCCAUUUGAAAUUAGCUAGUUCAAGCCGGUCCCGCAUCUCUCAGAACUCUACCUUACCCCGCCCGAAGUAUUUUCAGGAACUCCGUCGCUCGGCCGCGAACUCUCCACUCCGAUGGCCUCCACCCCGCUCAUUCCAUCGUUUCCCUCCUCAUCGGUCCCCGUGAUCAGCUCCCUUCCUACCAACACCUCCACCAUCGACCUCUCUCGUAAUUCAACUUUCUAUGUAUCUUUUCAAUUUCCCCUCAAGUUACAGUGGCCGAAUCGAUAGUGGGUGCGGCCGCAUCGGAAGCGGGCGCCGCGCCGCCCUCCACGGCCUCGGACUCGCUCAACGGAGGUAUCGCGGACGCGUGGUCAAAGUUCCGAACGCAGGCGGACGUGUGGAUGUGUCUCGCCGAGUUGUACAUUUCUGAGGGCCGGCACGACGAUCUGACAAAGGUCAUCGAGCAGGCCAUCUCGCUGUUCCCGAGCUCUCCGCAAGCCCUCUACCUCAAAGGACGGCUCCUGGUGUCGAGAUCCGAGAAGCUGACGGAGACGGCGAUUGCGCAGCGGGUGCGCGGAGAGGCCAAGUCGGCGUACCUUGCCGCGUUGGCACUCGCGCCCGGACACUUUCCCUCAAUGUCCGCGCUCGCAAAGUUGUACGGCGACGAGGGAAAUCAGAAGAUGUCCGAGCACAUGUUGAGGUCAGAAUGCAUCCGAAAUUCGCGGCAAAAAAGCAUAUCACCGCAAAUUUUUGCAAAAACUCAAAUUUCCCGCCUACAGAGCGAUAAACUUCCCUAAACGUGAAAAUUUUCAGAGAAAUGGUGCGUGUGGACCCGCUGAACUGCGACUGGUGGCAGCAGUUGGGCUGUUCGUUGAUGCGCCGCGGCGACUCGGAACGAGCGACCGAAUGUUUGACGGCGGCCGCCCAACUCGACAGGUCCACUCCGUUGCUGCCCUUCUCCGUCAUUCCGAUGGUGUUCCCCGCCAACUUCCGAUAA